GAGGCGGCCAACGGUCCGACCACACCGGCAGCCGAUAAGAUACUUAUUGGACGUAAUAUUCUUAUUAUACCCGACCUAUACAUCAACGCUGGAGGUGUGACCGUCUCAUACUUUGAAUGGCUUAAGAAUCUCAAUCAUGUCAGUUAUGGCCGAUUGCUAUUCAAAUAUGAACGCGACUCCAAUUACCACUUAUUAGAGAGCGUUCAGGAAUCUCUUGAGAAGCGAUUUGGCAAAGCGGGCGGACGUAUACCUAUAGUUCCGAGUGAGUCCUUCCAGAAGAAGAUAUCGGGCGCUUCCGAGAAGGAUAUCGUCCACUCCGGUCUCGACUAUACAAUGGAACGGUCGGCGCGGCAAAUCAUGAGAACAGCAAUGAAAUAUAAUUUAGGUCUGGACUUAAGGACAGCCGCUUAUGUGAACUCAAUCGAGAAGAUAUACAACACGUACAAAGAGGCCGGCCUUACGUUCACAUAACCGACAAACUCGCGUUUUUGUGGC